UCGCUUUCAGAUGCGCUAUCACGGUCAGCCAUUUUUCUUAGACGAAAAUUUUUUAAAAACAACUUAUAAUUCUUUCUUUUUCAUCGCACAUUCAAAUAAAGAUGAACAAUAUCUUUUUUCUAAUAUGUUAGAAGUGUCAUUAUCCGAAGUAAACAUGGAUGCAGAUUUUGAAGAAUUGUCACAUGAUACAGAUAUUAUUACAAGAAUUAAACAAUUUCGCGAUAUAACGUUAAAAAUUGAAGAUACAAUUAAAUAUGCUACAGAUCCUGCAAUAUAUGAAAAACUUUCUAACACAGAUAAAAUUGAAUAUAAUCUAUUAAUGUCUUAUUGCUUAAAUAGUAUGUUUUGGAUGUAUUUACGUGCAGAAGGAAUUGAUCCAGCAAAACAUCGAAUAAAAUUGGAAAAUGAUCGUUUAAAGAAGUCUAUGGCACGUGCAAAAGAAAUUAAUGACAAGAAAACUCUAAUGCCUCAUAUAAACAAAGAUGCAGCACAAAGGUUUGUUAGAAAUGGAUUAUGGGAAAUAAAAAAUAAAAAAAAAUAAUACGAAAAUAAUAUAAAUAAUAUAAAUUAUAAAUAAAUUUGUAUUAUGAUUUAAGUAUAAUAGUGCAUUAAAUUUAUAAAAAACAUUUUUAAAUAUA